AUGGUGUUUUUCCUAUUUCCCAUCGUCGCCGCAGCCAUCGUAGGCACCGCGGUCCUCACCUCCAAUAUUCAGCAUGAACAUCACAUGAAUGUCGACCUGAACGGCGACAGCAUGGUCCAGCGCCUCAUUGGCGAGCUGAACCUCAAGGACCGGUUGGAGCAAAUGCAGGCGAAGCACGAAGCAACUAUGGACGGGGUGGCGGCCAACGUGGCUCAGAUGUCGAUGAAUGUCGAGACUAACCUGAACAUCGUGACAACGGAUGUCCACGACGCGAUUCUGUUCUUCAAGGUCUUCAUGACCGUGUUGUCGGUCUUCUAUGCGAUCAAGACCGUAGGCUAUAUCGUCCGGUGGAUUUACGACCAGCGCAAGGAGAACAAUGUCUUCAUCGUUUUGCCUGGCGGAGGCGGUAUGCUCGGAGACGCGAAGGUCAGACUGCUAGGCAUGCCAGGAUUGCCUAGGACCGUUAUUGUGCACAGUGGUAGAGGGAGGAACACGCAGUGACGAAUAAGACCAUGUGUUGAAGGACCACUUCGAGUAUCUUCAUAAUCUGCAGGGCAACGGGGUUUGGUUGCAAUUGUCAAGCAGCGCAGAGUGCUCAUUAUCGUCAGAGCGGUUAUGUGUAGUUCAGUUGUUUCGGCAAGAUUUUAAUGGUGAACUGGGUGUACUCGGAAGCCAAGUCAUACAUGCUAAGGUUGCGUGGACUGGCAGUGCUUCUUUUUUGUCCAACGCACAGGCGCCGCAUGUGUUGCAGGAUAUGAUCUGAAAUGACAGUGAGAUGAAGCUG